UGAAUGGCUUCAUCUUCAUUAUCAUCCUACUCACCAUGUGCAGCAUGUAAAUUCCUUCGUCGUAAAUGCCAACCAGAAUGUGUAUUUGCACCUUACUUCCCUCCUGAUCAGCCCCAGAAAUUUGCAAAUGUUCACAAAAUAUUUGGAGCCAGCAAUGUGACAAAGUUACUAAAUGAGUUGCAGCCUCACCAAAGGGAAGACGCUGUCAACUCUCUUGCUUAUGAGGCAGACAUGCGCCUCCGAGAUCCAGUCUAUGGUUGCGUUGGUGUCAUCUCUCUUCUCCAACACCAGCUCCGACAGCUUCAGCUAGACCUUAGCUGUGCAAAGUCCGAACUGUCAAAGUAUCAAAAUGUAGGAGGCAUUGCUAGUACCACUAGUCAUUUGGGAUUCAAUUUGAUAGGAGGAGGAGGUGGUGGUGGGAGAGAUCAUAACCAACUCUUGUAUCACCAUCAGUUUUUUCCUAGAGAUCAGCAGCAACAACAGCAGCAGCAGCAGCAACAAAAUAUAAUCCGCGGACUUGAUGGAGGAAGUAACAAUUUUGAUACAACUAGAGGUGGAUUUAAAAUUUAA